AGUAACUGUCAGUCAGCCAUAUUUUAAAUUUUGCUGUGAAGUGUUUUUCAGCGUAGUAGAUCAUUUUGUUAAUUUUUCUGUUCACCUUUUAUGUUUAUAAAUGCUAGUCAUCGAAAUAAACAUGUAUUUUUAGUGUGGAAAUGCAGUAGGAUGAUAGUUAGCCCCUCCUACUCGUAAUCAGUCGUAGGAAGUCUAUCAACAUGUCGCGAUCGGGUUUUUGUUAUGCUUUCAUUUUGAUAAGUUUGAUUCAAUAUGUUUCCGCGCACCAGAAAGGAUAUGCAGAACUGUGUAAAGAUAAGAAGACCCAGAGUUUAAGCUGCAGCACACAGUUGGCAGACCAGCAACGGACUGAAAGAGAUGUCUGUACGGUUGAGCAUUUCUCCUCGGAGAGCCCGGAAUGCAAGAACAUGGAUUUUGGGCCGAUAAAACCCAAUGGGAAUAUCGGUGGAGUCAGUCUCAAACCGUAUAUUUUGACACAAUACACAUCAUUUAACUUCACAGUACUUAACAUUACGUUUACCAACAUUAAAUGGAAAGAAAUGAAGUUCCGUUUCCAACCGACGACUUUCCAAAACCGCCAUUGCCGUAACAUUGUAUUAUCGAACGAUGUCACCAUCGACGACCGCUCCAUUCUCUACUAUGAUUGUUACUGGUCUCACACGGAUGGAGACUAUAAUAACACAAGCCACAUUCUUGAUUUCGAGGCUACAAGUGACAAAUCAGUCAGUAGGGGCCAAUACUACUUCAAUAUUCCGAACAUGCAGAUGCUAAGUCCUUUUAUAAGUGAGAAUGAAUGGAAACCGUUCCUGUACAUAGAGAUCUUGCCAAGCGAUCUAAGGCUCCAUAUAAUGCCACCGCCAGCUCAGCUUCAGAUAUUAGGGUACAAGAUCGAAGUUAGAAAGGGCUGUAUGAAGGGCACGCCUGUAUCUGACUGCAGCGAUGAGCUGGUCAAGCAAACAACGCUUACUUUGAAAAACAACACCCAGGAAGUUACAUACAACUACUACUUUCUGGGUCAGACCGGCUAUUAUUACUUCGUAGUCACACCCCUGCAUAGCCAAUGUUCUUAUUCAGAGAACAAAUGUACGGUGGUGGCGAGUCCUAAGAUUGCAAUAACUCACGAGCAGAAGACCCUGAACAUCUGCAUAGCGAGCGUGACGGCGCUGGUGGUGGCGACCCUAUUCGGGUACUACAUAGCGCUGCGGUUCAUCCGCCGCUUCUGGUGCAAGGACUACAAGAUGGCGUUAGACAACGAAAUCCCGGCUCCAACGAAAGUGCUCGUGAUAUACUCGCCGGCCAGCCGCCUUCACGCGGAAUGCGUGGCAACGUUCGUGGCCUACCUCAAGUCGGAAUACGGUUUCGACGUGAUGUUCGACGGAGACAUCGCUGCGACCAGCCACGGCGACCCCUAUAUCUGGGCCGAGGAAGCAAUCCAGCUUAGCACCCACGUCCUAUACAUCGUCGGACCGGCCGAAGAGAAAAACCUGUACAACAACAUCUACGAAAAACCCAUCGGAGCGCACAAGGAUGUCGACGUCCUACUCCUUUCCAUGGUCAAAGCGUUCAAAACGUCCCGGUGCCCCAAAGACGUUUCCAACGUCUUCUUCGAAUACUCAACCGGGACCGUACCCAUCGAAACGAAACACGGAAAAGUAUUCUUCCUGCUGAAAGACUGGCAGAAACUCAUAUCGCAUCUGUCGAAGAAUCUCCUCCCGAAGAAAACCAUCAUGCGGACGGAGAAAGGCAGGUGCUUCUUGGAUGAACUCACCAAAGCGAAGAAAAUGCUCGGAGGGAAAUGUGAUAAUGUGGGAAAGAGCUUGGUUUAAAUGCGAAGGCGUUGUUAUAGGAGUUAGUUUAACCUGGAGUUACCCGGGGAUGUGAAGGAACAAAACGCAUGCAAAGUUUGAAGACUGUCGGUGACGUGGCAAGUUGUUUAGUCUUAUUUGAAAUGUAAGAUAUCAUUUGAUAUAAGGAGCAUAUUUUGUUAAAUAUAAAUUAUCAUAUUCAAUAUAAUCAGAAACAUUUAAUUACAGAUAUAGUCAUAACUCAUAAAAUUGUUAGCAAUUAAUUUUUCAAGUAAUAGUCAGCAAAAUGUGCUCCACAAAAAAAGGAAAUAAAAAUGUUAUUUAUCAAUGUAAUAUUUUUGUGGAUAUUUAUAAUUGUUGUCAAUGUGACAUUUCCCCAGUCUUCAAAACUGUACUGUGCUUUAGUAAUGUAAAUAGAAUUUUGUACCUACAAAUUUCUUUAUGUAUUUUAUGUUUUUCUAUUCACCUCUUUCUGUGAAUGAGGAUAUCUUUAAAUAACACACAACCAUGAAUAAAAAUAACUAGAUGUGAUGUUAUUGAACUCAGUAUUCAUGUAUGAAAAAAUGAUAAUAAUGUCUCACAUCUAAUUAUUAUUGAUGUAACGCACAUUUAAUUUUCUCUUGCACUUAACAAUUUGCCAGCGCGAAUCUAACGAGGCAUAAUUUAUAUCGACAUUCCAUAUAAAUGUUAAAUUGAAUGUGCCAUAAGAAUCUAAAUGUGAUCUUCUUACUAAAUGUUGCAAUCUUUCCGCACGCUGGCAUGGUCUGGGGACGUAGACUGCCUUUUUCGUUAUUACGUAUUUUGUAUUCUUAAAUUUUUAGUUCCAGUUCUUUUUGUUAUUUUAAGUUUAGAAGUAUUCCUCGGUAUCCUUGAAGUUUUUUUUGGUUGCAUUUAAAUAGUACACCAAUUUAAAAUGACUUCUAGACUUUAGCGGGGUUACUCAAAAUAUCCGAAGUUUCGAAUGUUGCCAUCCCUCUCACGCAAAGCGAGAUGGCAGUGAAUGACGGUGACGGCAUGAUGGAAUAUUAUUGACGGAUCAAAUAAAUGUGAAUUCAUCUUUAUUUGCACUUGUAAAAUGCAGCCGCGGCUUAUGUCUUUUCAAAGAGAUUAUAUAUUUUUUUUAUAAUUAUGUUUUUUAUUCUGUUUAGCCUAGGCGCAGACCACCGGCUUUUAGUUGGCCGAUAGUUUGGGUCAGGCCGUGUCGACUUUGUAGGCAACACCGUGGAUUUUCUUUUCUAUGGAGUCGCCAUUCUUCUCGUCAGAGUAAAUAUUUUCUUUGGUUUGGGUCGGGCGUUUAAUGAAAAUUCUUCAUACAAAUUAAAAUCGGGCCCAACUAUCGGCGGCCGACUAAAAGUCGGUGGGCUUAUUGUUAACCCAGAUUCAUGUACGUGCAAUAUUCAUUGUUACACUUCGCCUAUACCUUGGCUUGACCAACUUUAUAAAAACCGUCAAAAUCUUUAGGUGUCUCACAAUUUUGAAAAUGUAAUGGAACAACCAAUGAAUUAGUAUAGUCUCUAAUAUUUAACUUGUUGAUCUCAACUGAAAACUGUUAAACGUGUGUUCUAUCAUUAAUACAGGACUUUCAAUUAUUAAGCUCAAUAUAUACCUUGUGAUGUAUUUUUAUAGUAAAGUCGUACAUAUUACA